ACGUCGUUUCCGCCCCAUGUUCGCCGUCAGGUGCCGACAUCCGCAUCUGCAUUUGUGUCAGAGAGAGCUGCGGGCUCGGUUCUUUAUACUCUUAAUAACCUGACUUGACGGUGUGUUGAUCCGGACCAAGAGGUGGGAAGAAAAAAAGAUGGAGGACGGUUUGAAACCAACCGGCGACACCAAGCUGGACCAGGCUAUCCGGCAGUGGCUGCAGUAUGACCGGAACCCCAAGACGAUAUCCCUGGUGCAGGACCUGGUGAAGGAUGGAUCGAUGGAGGCUCUGAAGAAGUGUUUCUCCUCCAGGAUGGAGUUUGGUACGGCUGGGCUGAGAGCCGCCAUGGGCCCCGGCAUAUCCUGUAUGAAUGACCUCACAAUUAUUCAGACCACGCAGGGUUUCUGUUGCUACCUGGAGCAGAGUUUCGAUAACCUUAAGGAGCGAGGCGUGGUCAUCGGGUACGACGCACGCGCCCACCCUACUAGCGGGGGCAGCAGCAAGCGCUUCGCCAGCCUGGCCGCAGCAGUUUUCAUCAGCCGAGGAGUUCCUGUCCACCUCUUCUCUGAGAUCACCCCAACACCGUUUGUGCCUUUCACAGUUUCCCACCUGGGUCUGUGUGCUGGCAUCAUGGUGACCGCCUCUCAUAACCCCAAGCAGGACAACGGCUACAAGGUUUACUGGGAAAACGGCGCCCAGAUCGUGUCUCCUCAUGAUUCUGGAAUCUCCAAAGCCAUUGAGGAGAACUUGGAGCCCUGGCCGGCAUCCUGGAACACAGAGGAGGCCCUGAAGGCCGCCUUGCUGAAAGACCCCUUCCAGGAUAUUAACACGCAAUACUUUCAAGCCAUCCAGAAACACUGUCAUCACAGAGAGAUAAACAAGAAAUCAGAGGUGAAAAUAGUGCACACUUCUGUGCACGGCGUUGGUCACACAUUUGUCCAGUCGGCUUUCAAGGCUUUUGAUCUUCACCCCCCGUAUCCCGUAGAGGAACAGAAAGAUCCAGACCCUGAAUUUCCCACCGUCAAAUACCCAAAUCCUGAGGAGGGCAAGGGAGUUCUGACAUUGUCGUUUGCUCUUGCAGAAAGGGAAGGAGCCUCUGUGGUUUUGGCCAACGACCCUGAUGCUGAUCGAUUAGCUAUAGCCGAGAAGCAGGAAAGUGGACAGUGGCGCGUGUUCAGCGGUAACGAGCUCGGCGCGUUGCUCGGCUGGUGGAUGUUCCGCUGCUGGAGUGAGCAGAACUCUGGCGCUGCCGCGGUGAAAAACCUCUACAUGCUGGCAAGCACCGUGUCGUCCAAAAUACUCAGAGCCGUCGCUCUGAAGGAGGGCUUCCACUUUGAGGAAACCCUAACGGGUUUUAAAUGGAUGGGGAACAGAGCCAAAGACCUCUUGGACCAGGGAAAGAGUGUUUUGUUUGCUUUUGAGGAGGCCAUAGGUUAUAUGUGUUGUAACUCCGUGUUGGACAAAGAUGGAGUCAGUGCUGCAGCUAUCGCAGGGGAGUUGAUUUCGUACCUGGCCACCAAAAACAAAAGCCUCUCCCAACAACUCACUACCAUCUUUGAAGAGUAUGGCUAUCACAUCAGCAAGAACUCCUACUUCAUCUGCCACGACCAGGAAGUAAUCCGCAGUCUGUUUGAACGUCUGCGCAACUUUGGUGGCAAGAAGGACUCGUACCCGUCAGAAUGUGGCCGCUUCUCCAUCUCCGCUGUUAGAGACCUGACCACCGGCUACGACAGCAACCAGCCCGGCAAGAAGGCUAUUCUUCCUACCUCCAGCUCCAGUCAGAUGAUCACCUUUACCUUUGCCAACGGUGGCGUCGCCACCAUGAGGACCAGCGGCACCGAGCCCAAGAUCAAAUACUACACUGAGCUCUGUGCUGCACCUGGCAACAGUGAUGUGACACAUCUGAAGAAGGAACUGGAUGAUUUGGUUGAUGCCAUCGUUGAGGACUUCUUUGAGCCUGUGAAGAAUAAGCUGCAGCCCAAGCCAGAGUAGCUCUGAUGGAAACUUCAUCAGAGCUGAGAAACAAUGGUCUCUCUGAUCGUCGUUUCACAUCUUGAUUACUCCUGAUGGGGUUGGGUAUUUUUUCCCCAGAUAAAUUAACUAUUGUUUUUAAGUUUGUCCCAAGAUCCUUAGAUGUUUUACUAGUAAUAAUGACAAAUUGUUUGGUUCAUUUUGAAAUAAUUUGCAUCACGAAAGCAAAAAUCUCACCCCACUUUAGUAGAAUUAGAAUGAGUCCCUCUGGAUGUUUAUGUCUCAAGCUACUAGCCAAACGUUUCUAUAAAAUCAAUCAAUCAAUCACUGUGGAGAUAACAUGUUGUGGCCAGUUUUUCUAUUUGUUUUGCUACUUUUGUUUUAAAUAAAUUGCACACAUUCCUCUAGUUACAUCACAGAAAGCAUAAUGGAACAGAUCAGAUGUUUCGAUUACGUCUAUCUGUAUUUUGUAGCAUUUAUUUAUCCUGUGUGUUGAUUGUCCACAGAAGCCAGUUACUUGGGAACAUUCAAACCGGAAUAUAAACAGAUGUGCACACUUUAACGUUCUGAUAUCAGUCAUUACUGCUUCCGCUUUGCCAAUCACAGCUAGAGUCAAAUUCUGGCUCAAAUGCAUAAAGUUGGAUUUUUUUUUUUUUGGUGCUCUUUCUAAAAAACCUAAAUCCCUACUUUUUAUCCACCUGUGUUUUUAUUCCAAAUGUAUAUUUGUCAGUAGAACAGAGAUACCUCUGUAACUUUAAGUAUACCUCAUUCCUUUUGACCACAACGGUAAACCUGUGUUCCCCUUUAAUGCCAUAAUCAUUCCUUUUGUCUAGAUGGUAUUAUGCUGUACGUUGCCUGUAUUUGACAUAAAACCCUCUGAAAACACUGUGCAUUGUAUGAAUGCACUGCUGCUGAUGUGAAAAGGUGCCCUGAAACACAGCUAAAUCUUGGGAACUGCUUUUAUCCUUAGAAAUUAUGUCAUGUUGUUGUUAAUGAUAAAUCUACCACUGAAUCUUUAGACCUUUAUAAUCACUGCACAUGUGGAAACUAAUUGCAGAGUUUGCAGGUUUACUGGCUUUACAACAAACUCUGUCACCAUGAGAUAUUGUGACUCCAGAGGGCGGUGUUCGCAGGGUGGAAUGAGAAUUCAGGUGCCUUCAUAUUUGGACAGCUUUUUUUAGAAAACGGGACCUAGUGGAACUCGGUGGAUAGCCCACUGGUAAAAGUUCAGUCCAGGUUGUUAAAUCUGUGGCGAAAAAGAAUUUGCAGACAGUAGAAAAACAAGAAAACUCAAUCAGUUUGAGUUUUAAAGUAUGGACACAUUUUCUCAUAAAAGCUAUCAAAAUAUGUGCCUGUAUUUUAGCCUCUCUUCCCUUGUCAGUAAUUUUUAUUUUUUUAUGUUUUUUAUUUUUGAUGGACUGUCAGAAUUAUGAAAUCUUUUCUAUAAAUAAUUCACUAUAAAUUGUAAUAUGGGUGAUGAAAGCUGUCAGACUGUGUCCUUCUGUAUUUCAGUCCCUGUUCAUAAAGGCACUCUGGAAUCUUUAAUGGUUGCAAAAUUUGGUGUUUGACUACAGAAAACAAUUUUGUACUUAAAACUGGAGCAGUCUAGCACCACCUUGAAUUUAUUUAGUUCCAUUACAGUGUCUAAUAAGCGCAUUAGUGCCUUCAUUAGACGCUACCAGAUGUAUUUAAACUAAAAUCUUGGAGCAGAUAAAUUAGUAACUCCCCCCUGUGAUAAUUUUCUCCGAUACAAGUAUGUCGGAAAAUCUGUGUGCCGCCAGCCGGGGGCGCUUUUUCUUUCAAAACGAAAUGGUACUUAUUGAAUGUCUGCUAGCAUUUCACUGAUAGGUGGCGCUACUUGCUGUAAACGUUAUAAACUUUAUGUGGAGCUGGAAGAUUUAUAUCCUACACGGCUUUCCAUAUUCUGUCGGCUUGCCUUAAUCAACUUUAUCUUGGUGCCUUGACGGCCACUAGGGGGAGAUAUUGUGCAUUCUUUCUUCUACACUCUGCUCAUUCCGUUAAAAGAACCUAUGUUGCGACUGACAGAGACUUUUCACACCUUCCUGUUACUUUCCAGUGAGUGAAACCUCUGUUGAAAUGUGCUCUAUUUUUUAUGAGAUGUUCAUGGUUUCCUAAACGCUGUUCACACUGGCCUUACUUUCGCCACCAAUAAAAACAGUUUCUAACAACA